AUUGAAUUAUUAAAAAAAUGGCCUGAAAAUAAUUAUCAAAAAAGACAAAAGGAAAAGAAAAAAAGAAAAGAUAAAUCAGGCAUCGGCUGAGAAAAAUGAUGAUUACACCCAAAAUUUAUCCAUGAUGCCUUGCAGUYGGCGCAUUUCAUCCAAGAUGGCGGAAGUUGAGAGCGUUAUUUUGUCGCUCAUCGAGAAAGAUGUGCCUGAAGGACGAAAAGCUCUACAAGAUGGACACGAAAACUUAGCUAAGGUUGCUACAUACUGCCAACAGAAAUAUUCGGAGGCGAACAAUAGGUACAAAGGGGCCCCGGAUAAGGCUAAAGUCCGUGAAGAAACUCGAGAGGUUCUCAAUGAAACGAAGCAAUUUGCAACCCAGUCACUUGCAAGCGUUGCUUAUCAAAUUAACACUUUGGCUAUCAAUAUGCUGAACUUAUUGGACCAGCAAACUUCACAGUUACAAUCNUUUAAGACUGUUAAUAUCCACAAAGAAAAAGUUGCACGUCGGGAAAUAGGAGUGUUGGCAACCAGCAAAAACACAACUCGUACUCACAAGAUAAUUGCUCCUUCUAAACAAGARAAACCUGAAAGAUACUCAAGAAAACAAAUUGAUUACAGCAUCCUGGAUGACAUUGGACAUGGUGUUAAGCUAGCUCAAACAGACAAUAUUCAGCGCCRCAAGUCAAGUAAAAAGGCACCUUCCCCUGCUCCUAGUGCACAACCUGCUAGCCUACGUGCCAAGCCUGGAACUCGCAUGGGAAUCUCCACAAAACCACCACCACCUCCUGUGCCACCWCCAACUGCACCAACUGCACCAUCAGUUCCAGCUGAUUAUGACAUGACCUAUGACAGCAUACAAACUUCUGCACCUGCUGCACCCCCACCCCCACCACCCUCUGCAGGUCCUGUUGUUAAUCCCAAUAAGGUUAUUGUUCAGCCUCCAGUGGCACCUCCACCACCACCAGAAAUGGGUGGACAUUCACCACCACCACCUCCUCCACCACCAUUYCCAAUAGGUGGUACACCACCAGCAAGUGUCCAAGAAAGAGAUACAUAUGAAGCUGUUGAUGACAUCAUAAGUCCACCACCGCCACCGCCCACUGAAGACUUCUAUAGCACUCCAUCAUCRCUUGCAUUACCACUGCCUCCUGAAGAUAUGCAGUCACCUAUGCAGUCACCUAUGCCGCCACCACCACCUCCAAUGGGUGAAGAAUACCUGGAGAAAGUCAUUGCUUUGUAUGACUACGCUGCGGCACGAGGUGAUGAGCUGUCAUUCACUGAAAAUACUGUCAUUUACGUGGUGAAGAAGAAUGAUGAUGGAUGGUAUGAAGGGGUGAUAGAAGGCACUGGUGAAUCAGGGUUGUUUCCAGGAAACUAUGUGGACCCUAUUCCUUAAUAAUCCAUCUUACAUAUACAUUUGUCUUAAUGAGAAUAAUUUUGAAUCCUACUGAGCUUGGUUUCCAUAUAUUUGAAUAUGAUGAUUGCCAAGCUUGAUAAAAAGUGUAAUCAUCGCAGGAAACAAAUCAAAAGGCAACUCUUGUGAUUAUAGUGAUUCAUCAUCUUGUGGUCAAGAUUGCUAGACAAGAUUAGUUUUUUUGGCAAUAGCAUUCAUGCAAAAGCCAGACUCAUGCUUUCAGAGAGAUUUUUGAUAUUUUAAAAAAUUGAAUCAGUGAUGUUUUUGCAAACCAUAUAUUUUACAAAUYAUUAUAGUAUAAAGUCAAGUAAAUUAAAGUACGAAAUGCUUACUAGUAAACUUGCUUUAAACCCAAAUAAGAAAUGUUUAAACAUUUAAAAUCAUGUUUCAUGUUCUACUUAAGGACACAGAMUGAGGUGUAUUGUAAAUAGCAGGUCAUAUUCACCAUAAACCCAAUGUAAAGAUGAUUUUGAUAAUAAAAAUAUUACUGYUAAAGUCAA